AGUAACCCACGGACGCUCAACUGAAGUAAAGAUGCGUGCCUAUCUGGCUCUGCUGGUUGCGCUUUCCAUCCCGGGAUAUCUGGAUGCGCUUCAUGGAUUAUACGCCUUCGAUCAGCCUGAGCUCUUUCAGAAAAAGAGCAACUGUAAGCCCAUACCUACAAACCUGCUCCUGUGCCAUGACAUCGAGUACACAAACAUGCGUCUGCCUAACCUCCUCGGACACGAGACCAUGAACGAGGUUCUGCAACAAGCAUCCUCCUGGACCCCUCUGGUGCAGAAACAGUGUCAUCCGGACACCAAGAAGUUUCUCUGCUCUCUCUUCGCUCCGGUGUGUUUGGAUGACCUGGACGAGCCCAUCCAGCCGUGCAGGUCUCUGUGUGAGAGCGUGAAGAGCGGCUGCGCUCCGGUGAUGGCCGCUUUUGGGUUCCCUUGGCCGGACAUGCUGGACUGCAGGCGCUUCCCUUUAGAUAAUGACCUGUGCAUACCGCCUGCUGGCGCUGAUGCUUUAGUACCAGUCACUAAGGAAGUUCCAAGAGUAUGUGAUGCCUGCAAGGAAAAGCCUGAAAAUGACAACGAAAUUGUGGACAGCCUAUGCAAAAAUGACUUUGCUUUAAAGAUCAAAGUCAAGGAGAUCUCCUACAUGAAUGGUGACACCAAGAUCAUUCCAGAAACCAAGACCAAGAUGAUCUACAAGACGAAUGGUGGCGUCACUGACCAUGACUUUAGGAAGACGGUGCUUUGGCUAAAAGAUGGUCUUCAGUGUGUGUGCGAUGAACUAAAUGACAUCAAUGCUGCUUAUUUGGUGAUGGGCCAGAAGAUGGAUGGAAAUUUGGUCAUCACAUCGGUGAAACGCUGGCAGAAGGGUCAACGAGAGUUUAAGAGAAUUUCUCGCAGCAUUCGCAAACUUCAGUGCUAGGAUUUGUCCACUUGAAUCACUAGAGUGCUCAAAUGAUCUUACAAAAUGAACACCUGUAACAAUCACACUAGAUACAGGAAGGUUUAUUCAAGAGCCUUCUGUCUGCUUUACCAGUGCCAUUAUGAGAAAUGAAUGGUCAGAGCUCAGGAUUGAGAAUGGUGGAUCUUUCAAAAAGCACCUAGUAUAGAUUCAGCCUCACCAGUUAAUUUUUUCCUCAUAAGUUUUACUUUACCUGUUAUAUUUACUACAAAACAUAUUUGCUUAUUUCUCUCCUUUAGGAUAGUUAACUUUACAAAAUAAAAGAAAUAAAAUAAAAAAAAGAUUAAAUUAAGAUUAAUUUUAUAUUAUGUGGGCAAAAAUCAUGGAGAGACUCAGUUACUCAGUUCAAUUAAUUUGACUGUUCCAUAAAUUUCAGAGAAAUUUCAAAAUCCAAACACAUUUAUUCAUCGUUUUCUUCAUAAAACCUGAGAUAUUUCAGCCUUCCAUUAAAUGUCCACAAACGUUGAUGCUUCAAAAAGUUCAUGAAGACAUUGUGAAUCCAAGUCAUUAUCCAGUUAUGUAAAUCCAGUUAAUCCAUUUCUUUUCAAGAGAUAUUAUCACUUGAUGAGCAAGCUUAUUUUAGGCAAUUAUUCUGAAAGCAUGGAACUGACAUUUAUAGUGGAACAAACCUCACUCUUAAACUUAAAAAAUAACACAGAAUAUUAACAAUUUGAUCCAUAUUUAAACUGUUCAAAGCAGCAAAGAUUUAGAUUUGAAAUCUCAACUCACAUAAAAAAGAUCUUUGUUAGUGUUUCAGAUAUGAAGAGAAUUUUUGAAUGAAAUAUUUUGGAAUUACAUGAGGUAUUUGGUGAUAGAAUUGUAAUAUUUGGACAAACGAAUCCUUCAUUUAGCGUCAUUUAAAUCAACUGCGCUUCCAGCUUUGUUUUGGCAUUUGAGAAGGGUAUUUUUUUCUGUUUGUACAUCACAACACCACUGUACACAAAUUAAUGUAUAUGCAAAAUUGAUUUACUGAGCAUAACAAGAAGUAAAUCCAAAGGUUUAGCUCUUGAACUUAGAUACACCUAAAAAUGAAAAUUACCUCAUCAUUUAUUCCCCCUCAUUUGAGUUUCUUCUGUUGAACACAAAAGAAGAUAUUUUGAAAAAGGAUUACCAUGGAAGUCAAUGGUGCCAUCUACCUGCAAUUUCAAAAUAUUUCUUUUUUUUAUUCAGCAGAACAAAGAAAUUAAAAUAGUUUGAACAGGUGAAGGGCAAAGUAAAAUCUUGAACGUAAGAUUUUGAAAUUGGGUGAAUAUGAAAGAAGAUGCCAGAAGAUCAAAUACCUGUCAUUGGACAUAGACAGUAGUACGUAUCCUAAGCAAUUCUGUUGGGUAUUCUUAUCUUUCUCAUAUCAAAUAUGAUCAAAAACAUACUUUACUUUAGCAAUCCAUUUUCUACAUGGAUCUGAAUCUGCCAAAAGUGAAUAAGUGAGAGUGCAUGUGUGAGUAGUUUUGCUAAAAGUACUUUUUUAUCAGCACAAUGAGAUAGCUGGCUCUACUCUCAAUGUUUAAAAAUAUCCCAAGUGACACUAGCAUAUGAAACAUGGUCAUGUAUGUUAAUGUGAAUGUUUUCAUUUCUCCCCAGACAUCUUUUAAGAAGGUCAAAAAAAAUACAUGAUGCCUUUAACCCAGUGUUUUGCCUUCUUUACUUGAGCCUAAAUACUGCACUGUUCCUAUGUUAUAUCUACCCUUUGAAAUACAAUCAGUUGUUUUAUAUAGUUUUGGAUUAUUUCCUUAUUGUGUCAGUUAUAUUAUUAGCGUUAUACUCUAUUGGUCUGUGUCUUGUCAUGCUUGCAUAGUUGCUUGCUCUUUUCAGUUGUUUAGGCUUGAGUACUUAGUAUUAGAAUAAAAUCACAUGCUGGUAAAACCACAGAGCAGUUCUUUUCUCUCAGUCUCAGUGCUGCACUGUUACAGCAAUGUUGAUUCAAUUGUAUUUUGUUGUGCAAACUGAUUUGGUAAAUAAGUUUCAUGAUAAUAUCCAAACUUUUAUGAUACUCUGUAAAUAUUCAGAUUUUAUGCUUGUACAUAGUUUCAACACCUGUAGCAUUUGAUGUGUUCCUCGCAGUUGCAAUAUGUCGUCAUUUAAUAAGUGUUAAGUACAUUUAUUAACACCCACCGCCAUGUAAUGUACAUUACUAUUACUAUUAAUGAUUUGUAUCGUUUUUCAUCAGCAGUCACACAAUACAAAGAGCAAAUAAAAAACAUAAAGGACGAAA